AUGACCCUCCCCGGACUCUCCUCCCCGCCACCUUCCCCCCUCCGCUCCCCCUUCUCCCUCGCCUCCUCCACCUCCUCCUCGUCCUCUGCAAAACGCGCCCUCAUGCCGCUCAACUUCGCCGGCGUCGCGAACAUCUUCAUCCGCAUGCGCCGCCAUCGCCUCAAGGCCAUGCGUCCCCUCCUUGAGUUUACCUCCGGCGACUGGCCCUUCACCCACCCCGGUCUCGACACCCCAGGUGCCGUCUCCCCGCGCAGGAUCCCGCUCAUCCAGGAAGAUACGUUCGACUGCCGUGACGGCGUUGACGUUGCCAAGCUCCUCCGCCUCGUGCGCGCGACGCUCUACGAAGAUGCACAGGCCUUUGGAGCCACCGUGCUAGUCAGCGAGCAGUGCGUGUCCGUUUCACCUUCCGCAUCCUACGUGUUCCUCUCCGUAGGCGCCGCUGAUCGACGUUGCACAGAUGGACCUGCACAAUUCGCGGGCCGGGCCACGACGGGAGGACGUUCAGAGUGCAUAUCCGCUACUCAGCACACGCUGCGCGCUCAGACAGACCAGACCCUCAAAAGCCCGUCGCCCUCAACCAAGCGCGGGGCAUCCCCGGCCUUAUGA